AUGGGCACGGCAGAGGAUGCCGAGUGGCUGCGCUGGGUGACGAAGCAGUUCGGGAGCAUCGCCGGGAAGGACAAGGAAAUCAGCCUGGAAGAGUUCAAAAGUGCCCUGCAAGUGAAGGAGUCCUUCUUUGCCGAGAGGUUCUUCGCUCUGUUUGAUGCUGAUGGCAGCGGCACCAUCAGCCUGGAGGAGCUGCUGAGGGCCCUGAGGCUGCUCGUGCACGGGGACCAGGGGGACAAGCUCAGCUUCCUCUUCCAGGUCUACGACGUGGAUGGCAGCGGCUCCAUCGAGGCGGACGAGCUGCAGCUGGUGCUGCGCUGGUGCCUGCGGGAGAGCUCCGUGUCCCUGCCCGAGGAGCGCCUGGGGGACCUCACCAGGGCCCUGCUGGAGGCGGCUGACAGGGACCACAGCGGCUCCAUCACCUUCCCCGAGCUCCGGGAGCAGCUGGAGGCCUUCCCAGAGCUCAUGGAGAACCUGACCAUCAGUGCCGCCAGUUGGCUGAAGCCCCCGGUGCCCCCGGAGCGGCCCCGCCCGCGCUGCCUGUCCCGGGGCUACUGGCACAACCACCGGGGCCAGCUGGGCUGCCUGGGGGGCUUCACCGCCCUCAACCUGCUGCUCUUCGCCCUGGCGGCCCUGCGGCACCGCGGGCUCGGCCCCGCGCUCAUGGUGGCCCGGGGCUGCGGGCAGGGGCUCAACCUCGACUGCGCCCUCCUGGCUGUGCCGAUGCUGCGGCGCUGCCUGUCCUGGCUCCGCUCCACCGCCGUGGCCGAGGCGCUGCCCCUGGACCAGCACGUGCAGUGCCACCAGCUCGUGGGGUGCGUGGUGCUGGCCCUGGGGGCGGCUCACAGCGCGGCACACAUCGCCAACCUCGCCCGGCUGGCACAGCGGGACGGGGGCCCUGCCCUGUCCGAGUCGCUGCUGUGGGCGCGGCCCGGGGGGGGCGGCGUGGCCGGCACAGCCCCCCAGACCGGGCUGGCGCUGCUGGCGCUGCUCCUCGCCAUGGGCACCUUCUCCAGCCCCUGCGUCCGGCGCCGCGGCCACUUCGAGGUUUUCUACUGGACCCACCUCUCCUACAUCUCCGUCUGGACCCUCCUCAUCCUCCAUGGUCCCCACUUCUGGAAGUGGUUCGUGGUUCCUGGCUCCCUGUUUGUGCUGGAGAAGGUUCUGGGCUGGGCCUGGCGCCGGGCAGGGGGGCUGCACAUCGUGGAGGUCAAUCUGCUCCCCUCCAAGGUGACUCACCUGGUGAUCCAGAGACCUCCGUCUUUCCACUUCAAGCCCGGGGACUACGUGUACCUGAACGUGCCAGCCAUCGCCUCCUACGAGUGGCACCCCUUCUCCAUCAGCAGCGCCCCUGAGCAGCCAGAGACCCUCUGGCUGCACAUCAGGUCUCUGGGCCAGUGGACCAACAGGCUGUACGAGUACUUCCAGCAGCUGGAAUCACCCAGCCCGGAGCAGGAACAGCCUGGGAGGAGCCCGAGCUGGGCACAGGAGGGCUGGGGCAGAGGCUCGGUGGCCUCUGGCAGGGAUGGAUCUGUGCAGCUGACGGCGUUCAGAGCCGCUGCCCCGGCACAGGACCCGGAGAGCGGGGGCUCGUCCGGGCAGGGUCAGACCCAGCGGCUCUGCAGCGUCAAGUGCUUCCUGGACGGGCCCUACGGGACCCCGACGCGCCGGAUCUUCCUGGCGGAACACGCCGUGCUCAUCGGGGCCGGCAUCGGGAUCACCCCCUUCGCCUCCAUCCUGCAGAGCAUCAUGUACAGGUACCGCCGGCGGAGGCAGAGCUGCCCCAGCUGCCACCAUUCCUGGUGUGAGGAGCUGCGGGACCAGGACAUGACCCUCAGGAAGGUGGAUUUCAUCUGGAUAAACCGGGACCAGAAGCACUUCGAGUGGUUCCUCAGCCUCCUGAGCAAGCUGGAGAUGGAGCAGGCGGAGCUGGAGGCGGGAGGGCGGUUUUUGGAGCUCCACCUGUACAUGACGUCGGCCCUGGCGGGGAGCGACGUGAAGGCCCUGGGGCUGCAGGUGGCGCUGGAUCUCCUGGCGGCCAAGGAAAAGCGGGAUUCCAUCACCGGGCUGCGCACCCGGACACAGCCCGGCCGGCCCGACUGGGGCAAGGUGUUCGGGAAGGUGGCCCAGGAGCAGGUGGGGAAGGUCCAGGUGUUCUUCUGCGGCUCCCCAGCCCUGGCCAAGGUCAUCCGGGGGCACUGCGAGCGCUUCGGCUUCCGCUUCUCCCGGGAGAACUUCUGA